UGUUUGGUGACAACCUUUUGUUUUCUAAUUCGAUCUUCUUCCUCUGACAAAAACACGUAUCUCUAAUCUCAUUCCCUCUUCCUCAGGAGAAACAAAUCUCAAUCAAAACCAUGAGUCGCAUGAUGGGAUUGCUCGAUCUCGAGAAACACUUCGCCUUCUACGGUGCUUACCACAGCAAUCCCAUCAACAUUGUAAUCCACAUCAUCUUCGUUUGGCCGAUCGUCUUCACAGCUUUGCUUCUCCUCCACUCCACGACCCCUAUCUUCGAUCCUUCUCAAUUAGGGUUGUCUCAAUCGUUGACCCUCGAUGGCGUUCUGCGAUUUAACCUUGGGUUUAUGUUCACCUUGGUGUAUGCUCUGUUCUACAUCUGUUUGGAUAAAAAAUCUGGUUUUGUAGCUGCCCUCAUGUGUUUCUCUUGCUGGGUUGGUUCUAGUUUUCUCGCUGUUCGAUUAGGAGCUUCUCUUUCCUUUAAGGUUGGGUUAGCAUCUCAGCUGUUGUGUUGGACCGGACAGUUCGUUGGCCAUGGAGUGUUCGAGAAACGAGCACCUGCGCUAUUAGACAAUCUGCUUCAAGCUUUUCUCAUGGCUCCUUUCUUCGUAUUGCUCGAGGUUCUUCAAUCAAUUUUUGGUUAUGAACCAUAUCCCGGUUUUCAAGCGCGUGUGAACGCCAAGGUAGAAAAUGACAUUAAAGAAUAUAGAGCAAAGAAGCAGGAGAAGAAUAAGACGACAUAAGAUUGGAUUGUAAUACUGAAGAACGUGUACCCAUUGUCCUGUUUCUGUAACCGAAAUGAUAAUAAGACCACGAUGGAUUGAUGGAUUUGUGUGUUCACUAUUCGUCUAAUAUAUUGAAAAUUUGCAGUAAGUUUCGGUCA